AUGGGGCUGCCCAUGCCACUGCGACUCGUCGUCGCCGCCGCGGCGCUCCAGCUCGCGACGGCCACGACGCUGAGCGUGUCGCCGACGCAGCUCUACGCCGAGGAGUGGGACGCCACGGCGUCCAUCACCUACGAGGUCUCCGUCGCCGCCCAGCCGAGCAGCGACGUCGUCGUCACGAUCACGUCGUCGAACGCGUCCCUGGCGACGGCGGACGCGGAGACGCUGACCUUCACGAGCGCCGACUACGCGGCGAAGACCGUCACGGUCACCGUCGCCGACGACAAUAAAGCCGGCGCGUCCGAGCACGCCGUGGAAUUCUCGCACGACUGUACAGGCUGCGACGCGGCGACGGUGACCCUGACCAUCUUCGACGACGACUACUGCGCGCGGGACUGCGACGCCGGCGCCUACUCGUCGACGUGCAACGGCACGCGCCGCUGCCUCGACUGCCCGCGGGGCGCGACGUGCGCCGGCGGCUGCGACGCGCCCGAGCUCUGCGCGCCGGGCACCUACAAGGCCGUCAUGGGCGCGACGAACGGCGACGGCUGCGACGCCUGCCCGGCGGGCCACUACGCAGCAGAAUACGGCGCGGCGUCGUGCGAGCCCUGCCCCGCGGGCUACGCCUGCGGCUCCGGCGCGUCCGUCGUCGCCUGCGCCGCGGGCACCUACAGCCUCGAGCUCGCCAUGGACUGCGGCGACUGCCCGGCGGGCAAAGUCGCGGAGUUCGAGGCGAUGGGCGCCUGUUCGGGCUGCCCCAAGGGCCACGCGUGCCCGUCGGGCGGCUACGCCGUGCCCUGCGCGUCGGGCACCUACUCCCUCGGCAACCUCACGAACUGCACGGCGUGCCCCGCCGGGUACAGCUGCCCGAGCUCCGGCGCGGCGCCCGCGCUCUGCGGCGACGGCGCGUUCUCGCUGUCGAACUGGCAGUACUGCGUCUCCUGCCCGCUGGGCCACAGCUGCACGAACGUCGCCGUCGCGCCCGCGCCCUGCGAGCCGGGGACGGCGGCGCCGGGCAACGCGACGCACUGCGCGGCGUGCCCCACGGGGCGCUACACCGGGAACGUCACGGGCGCGCCGCGCUGCGACGAGUGCCCCGGCGGCUUCUCCUGCGACGACCCGGCGGAGGACCCCGCGCUCUGCGCCAACGGCACGAGCGCCUCGGCCGGCUCGAUACGCUGUUCGGACUGCGCGCCCGGCGAGUACAGCGCCGCGGGCGCGACGGAGUGCGCGCCGUGCCCCGCGGGCCACGCCUGCGCGGAGCCCGGCGCCGCGCCCGCGCCGUGCGCGAACGGCACCUUCGCCGAGGGCAACGCGACCGCGUGCGCGCCGUGCGCCCAGGGCCUGACGACGAGCAAGGACGGCUCCUUCUGCGACGACUGCCCCGCCGGCUUCUCCUGCGGCGACGCGAGCGUCGGCCCCCAGCGCUGCGCCGAGGGCUUCUUCAGCGCCAAGGGCGUGAGCCUCGCCUGCGAGCUCUGCCCGCCGGGCCACAGCUGCGAGGACCCGGCGGCGCUCGAGUCGUGCGCGCCGGGCACGUACGCGCCCUACGGCGGGACGAACUGCUCCGCGUGCCCCGCGGGCUUCAAAUGCCUCGACCCGGCGGACCCGCCCGUCGCCUGCGACGCGGGCACCUACGCCUUCCGCGGCCGGGCGACGUGCACGUCCUGCGCGCGGGGCUACGUCUGCCGCGACGGCCUGCCGCCCGUGCUCUGCGAACCGGGCUGGCGGCCGACGGCGAACCAGACGUCCUGCGCGCCCUGCCCGCCCGGCUUCGAGUGCCCCCUCGGCGAGCCGUCGAUGAUCCCGACGCGGUGCCCCGUCGGCACGUACGCGCCCGGCAACAACACGCGGUGCCUCCGGUGCCCCGCGGGCUACCACUGCGGCGACCCGGCGGCGUCGCCGGCGCCCUGCGGCUACGCGACCUACUCGCCGGGCGGCUGGCAGAAUUGCAGCUACUGCGCCGAGGGCCGCCUGCCGUCGUUCGACCGCUCCGAGUGCGUCGACUGCGCGCCGGGGUUUCAAUGCCCCUUCUAUGACCAGGAGGUCCAGCUCCCGUGCACGCUGGGCACCUACAGCGAGGGCGGCCAGGCCUACUGCACGAGCUGCCCGGCGGGCUACGCGUGCGCCGACCGCGCGGCGCCGCCGACGGACGCGGAGCUGUGCGCGGAGGGCUAUUUCUCCGAGGGCGGCCGCGACGCGUGCGUCGCCUGCCCCAACGGCGUCGCCUGCGCGGGAACGGACACGGCGGCGACAAAUCCCUGCGACGCGGGCACCUACUCGCCCCUCGGCGAGAUGGACUGCUUGAAGUGUCCUCGAGGUUCCUAUUGUCCGUCGCCGACGUCCGGCGAGUACCCGUGCGAUUUGGGCACGUACUCGCUGACGAAUGCCACGAACUGCACGGUCUGCCCGCCGGGCUUCGCCUGCCCCGACGCGGCGACGGUCGUCGUCUGCACGGAGGGGUUCUACAGCCCCGGCGGCCUGACGCAGUGCCUCGACUGCAACCCCGGCUACCGCUGCCCAAACGCGUCGUCGACGCCUUCGCCGCCGGGCUCCGAGUGCGCGGCGGGCACGUGGUGCAACCCGCCGUCCGUCGUCGAGUACUGCCCGCCGGGGACGCUGGGCAACACGACGGCGGGCCGGUCCGCGGACCACGCCUGCGCGCCGUGCCCGCCGGGCUACUACUGCGACGGAAUGAUCGUCGACGUCGUCGACCCGAUCGCCGUCGAGGCCUACGGGGGCACGGUCUUCGCGACGGCCAAGCUCUGCGACCGGGGCGGCUACUGCCCCGAGAGCUCGGCCGAGCCCACCCUCUGCGACGCCGGUACGUACCAGCCGGACUUCGGCGCGGCGUCGGCCGCGGACUGCCUGCCCUGCCCGCCGGGCUACUACUGCCCGACGAACUCGUCGACGUACGUCGACACGCCCUGCCCCACGGGCCACUUCUGCCCCGUCGGGUCCGCGACUUGGUGGGGCACGCCCUGCGCGGCGGGGUCCUUUGGCAACCGAACGGGGUGGAAGUCAAAUCUUCAACUCGACUUCAAUGCAACCGCACGGGGCUCCACCGCCAGCACGUACAACCCGCUCGAACGCGCGACGGACGUCAACAACUGCCGCGAGUGCCUCGCGGGCUGGGCCUGCGAAAACAUGGGCAUGUACCGCAUGCUCGACGCCAUGCGCUGCGCCGCGGGCUACGUCUGCCCGCCGGGCACGGCGAGCGUGACCCAGUGGCCCUGCGACGCGGGCACGUUCUCCGACUCGCGGAACCUGACGCACGAGCGCGAGUGCGACGAGUGCUUGGCGGGCUACGUCUGCGACAGCGCGACGACGUCGAACACGAUCGCGGACUGCAGCGCGGGCUACUACUGCCCGCCGGGGACGUCGAGCACGACCAUGGCCAACGAGUACGCGUGCGUCGCGGGCACGUACUCCGCGGCGACGAAUUUGGGCGCGGCCGACGAGUGCGACGCCUGCAACGCGUCGUACUACUGCAGCGGCGGCGGGUCGACGGUGACGGCCACGUGCACGGCGGGCCACUACUGCCCCGAGGGCACGGGCACGCCCGUCGAGUGCCCCGCGGGCACCUACUCUCCGAACGCGGGCAACGACGACGAGGGCGACUGCGCCGACUGCCCCCGGGGGUCCUACUGCGAGGCGGGGUCGACGGCGCCCGAGGCCUGCCCCGCGGGCUCGUUCGCGGCGUUCGCGAACACAAAGGCCGAGGGCCCCGAGAGCUACCCCGAGGAGGGCGAGGCCUGCGCGCUGUGCCCCGCCGGGAGCGCGUGCGCCGCGGGCGCCCAGGAGCCCGAGCCCUGCGGCGUCGGGAACCACAGCGCCGCCGGCGCGUCGUCGUGCUCGCCGUGUUACGCGGGCCACUUUUGCGGAUCGAACGAGACGGCGACCGCGGACAUGCUCACGCUCGGCGGCGACUGGGCCGCCGCCGACGACGCCGCGGGCAUGUGCUUCAACGGCACGUACUGCCCCGAGGGCAUGGCGCGCGCGCCGGACCUCUACCGCGACGCGUGCCCGGCGGGCUACUACUGCCCGACGGCGACGGCGAAGCCCCAGCCCUGCCCCGCGGGGACCUUCAAUCGCAACACGGGCAUGGACGCCCGCGAGGACUGCGUCAUCACGCCCCAGGGCUACUACUCGAUCUCCGCGACGUCGAACUUUACCGACUACAAAUGCGCGCCGGGCCACUGGUGCCCGACGGGCUCGACGGGGCCGUACCAGGUGCCCUGCCCGGAGCGCUUCUACAACCCGGACUACGGCGGCGGCGCCAUCACGGCCUGCGGCCUCUGCAAGUCGGGCGGGCGCGGCAACCGCACGGGCCUCCGGCGCAACGAGGACUGCACGCCCUGCACGCCGGGCAUGUACUGCGACGGCUACGGCCUCACGAAGCCCCGGGGCCUCUGCGACCCGGGAUACUACUGCCUCGAGAAGAGCUUCACGAGCGCGCCGCACGCGCCUGUGCACGCGCCGGGGAGCACGCUCGACAUGCUCGACGAGCCGUCGGUCAUCGGCGGCCUCUGCCCCGCCGGGGGCUACUGCCCGGCGGGCAGCUUCGAGCCGACGAACUGCCCCAGCGGCACCUACAACAACUACACGGGCGCCACGUCGAAGGACGACUGCGCGGACUGCCCGCCCGGUUACUACUGCGCGGGCUCGAACAACCCCUACCCGACGGGCAAGUGCGCCGCGGGCUACUAUUGCAAUAGUAGCUCGACGACGCCCUACCAAUACGAGGUCCCGCCGGGCUACUUCUCCAUCGAGGGCGCGUCGCAGCCCGCACCGUGCACGCCGGGCACGUACCAGACGUACCCGGGCGAGGCUUCCUGCCUCGAGUGCCCCGCGGGACAAUAUUGCGACGCCUUCGGCGCGACGGGCUACACCCUGUGCCCCCUCGGGAGCUAUUGCAUCGCCGGCACGUCCUACCCGGAGAAGUGCCCCGCGGGUACCUACGGCAAGCGGAAGGGCCUGAACUCGACGCUCUACUGCACCAAGUGCGAGAGCGGCUUCUAUUGCGACGACGUCGGUGCGACGGAGGCGACGCAAAAGGCCUGCGCGGCGGGCUUCUGGCGCGCGGCUGCGUGCGGCGAGGGCUCGUACCGGAAGCGGCCCAUCAACCAGUACAACGCCGAGGGCGAGCUGAACGGCGACUUGUGCCCCAAGGGCCACUACUGCCCCCAGGGCGGCCAGAACAACCCCAUCGCCUGCCCCGUGGGGACCUUCUACCCGGGCCUUGGGAACGAUGCAAAUUCGACAGACUACGACUGCGAGCCAUGCUCUCCAGGCUUCGCGUGCAACACGACGGGCAUCGUGACGCCCAAGCUGCCGUGCGACCCGGGCUUCUUCUGCCGCUACGCGGCGGAGACACACCGGCCGGAUUUCGGCGGCUCGCACGGCGCGUGUUCCGAAACGAACACGAAGAAGUGCGACUACGGGCCCUGCCCGACGGGCUACCAGUGCCCCGGGGGCACGGGCGAGCCCGAGCCCUGCCUGCCGGGCUUCUACAGCAACCGCACGGGCAUGACCGCGUGCGCGCCCUGCGAGCCGGGCGAGCGCCCGGCGUCGGCGGCGAGCGUUCGUCGCUGGUGCGACGGCAAGCGCACGGACGAGCUCCUGCCGUGCCCGCGCGGCAGCUACUGCCCCAACGCGACGGGCAUCUCGCAGCCGUCGUGCCUCAAGGGCACGUACGGCCACCGCGAGAAUCUCACGCAGGCGACGGACUGCGCGAGCUGCGCCGGGUCCUUCUGCUCCAAGAAGGGGCUCACGCAGCCCGACGGCGAGUGCUUCGAGGGCUUCUACUGUCCACCGUCGACGGCGUCCCCGGUAUGUCCCGCGGGGAGCUUCACGGGCAGGGGCGAGACGGGCGACGGCGAGCACCCCUGCCCCGCGGGCCACUACUGCCCCGCGGGCCUGAGCGCGCCCCUCGCCUGCGCCAACGGCACCUUCAGCCCGUCGGUCGGCGCCGUCAACGCGUCGACGUGCCGCAACUGCACGAAGGGCCACUGGUGCGGCGCCGAGGGCCUCGGCGCGCCGAGCGGCGCGUGCGCCGCGGGCUACUACUGCGGCCGCGGCGUCGCGACGGCGACGCCCGCGGCGAAGGUCUGCCCCGCGGGCUCCUUCUGCGCCAACGGCAGCGUCGUGCCGACGGCGUGCGAGCCCGGGUCCUACGCGCCGACGAAGGGCCUCGGCGCGUGCCUCGGCUGCCCCGCGGGGUCCUACUGCCUCCGCGGCGCGUCGGCGACGGCGCCCUGCCCCCGGGGCUACUUUUGCCCCAACGCCACGGCGUCGGCGACGGCGCACCCGUGCCCGCCGGGCACGUUCGCGGACGCGACGGGCGCGCGGAGCGUCGACGGCUGUCGGAACGCGACGCGGGGCACCUUCGCGCUCGGCUUCGGCAACCCGCGGAGCGACGGCGAGUGCGACGAGGGCUACUGGUGCUUCAACGCGUCGACGACGGCGACGCCCUACCUCGCCGUCCACGGCGGGAGCUGCGGCCCCGGCUUCGCGUGCUCCCGCGGGUCGUCGUCGAAGGUCGACUGCCCCGGGGGCCGCUACUGCCGCGACGGCACGGGCGAGACGGGCGACUGCGCCGGCGGCCACUACUGCGCGCGCAACUCGCACACGCCGACGCCCGACGCCGUCUACCACCUCGGCGCGCUCGUCGCCGACGUCUGCCCCCGAGGGGCCUACUGUCCGCGCGCGUCGGCGGCGCCCCUGCCGUGCCCCAAGGGCACGUUCUCCUAUUCCACGGGCAACGCGAAUCUGACGGACUGCGCGCCGUGCACCGGCGGCUUUACGUGCCCCGAGAACGGCACCGUCGUCCCGUCGCCGUGCGCGGCGGGGACGUACUGCCCGGCGGGCACGACGAACGCGCCCGUCGUCUGCCCCGCGGGCCACUUCUGCGGCGACGCCGUCGCCGAGCCCGAGCCCUGCGCGGCGGGCACGUACCAGAGCGCGACCGGCGCGUCGAAUUGCACCGAGUGCCCGCCGCGCCACUUCUGCGAGGUCGCGACCGCGACGCCCGCGGCGUGCCCCGCGGGCUCCUUCUGCCCGAACGGGACGGCCUUCGCCACGGAGCACCUCUGCCCGCGGGGCUCCUACGGCGCGUCGGCGGGCCUCGAGGCCGAGGCCGAGUGCGCGGCCUGCGACGGCGGCUCCUACUGCGAGACCGCGGGCCUCGCCGCGCCCACGGGCGAGUGCGACGCGGGCUUCUUCUGCGCGAGCGGCUCCAAGACGGCGACCCCGCGGACGAAGAACGACUACCUCCAGUACGAGAAGGCCUAG